GAGCACCGCCCCCCCCCCCCCCCCCGCCCCUGCAGCUGCCGGGCCCAGAACCGACCUCCGGCGAAGAGCGCAGGGGUGCCUACUAUUUCAACCCAAGCUCUCAGAGAGCUCCGGAGAGAUCAGGACCAUGUCCCGGGCUGGGGACCGAGGCAAAACCCUGGCGAGAUGGCUGGGCACUGGGCUUUUGGGUCUCUUCCUGCUCCCUAUGUCCCUGUCAUUGGAGGUGUCUGUGGGAAAGGCCACCACCAUCUAUGCUAUCAACGGCUCGGCGAUCCUGCUGCCCUGCACCUUCUCCAGCUGUUUUGGCUUCGAGAAUCUCUACUUCAGGUGGUCCUACAAUAACAGCGAUACGUACAGGAUUCUAAUAGAUGGCGUUGUGAAGAAUGAGAAGUCUGACCCCAGGGUGCGGACGAAGGAUGACGACCGAAUCACGCUGCCGGGCUCCACCAAGGAGAAGAUGAACAAUAUCUCCAUCCUGCUGAGUGACCUGGAGUUCAGUGACACAGGCAAAUACACCUGCUUCGUGAGGAACCCCAAAGAGAAGGACCUGAACAACUCUGCCACCAUCUUCCUCCAAGUGGUUGAUAAGUUGGAGGAAGUGGACAACACGGUGACACUCAUCAUCCUGGCUGUGGUGGGCGGGGUCAUUGGACUGCUGGUCUGCAUCCUGCUGUUGAAGAAGCUUGUCACCUUCAUCCUCAAGAAGACCCGAGAGAAGAAGAAGGAGUGUCUUGUGAGUUCCUCUGGGAAUGACAACACAGAGAAUGGGCUGCCUGGCUCCAAGGCAGAAGAGAAGCCGCCUACAAAAGUGUGAGGCCCUGCUUGGGCCGAGCAGUGGAGAGAGCCUCACUUUCAGAUGGUGACACUGAAGCCUGAGUCUGUCUGGAGAUCCACCUACUGAGAUGUGCGCUGCUUGGCCCAGACUGUAGCCUCUCUGAGCUGGAAGGACCUGACCCCGCCCCGCCCAGCCUGCUACCAUUCUUCCCACAGCCAGGGCAUCCCAGGGGCCAGGGCUGGCUGGGGGAGGAAGCCUGCUGGAGGAGGCUGAAGAAAGAGGAAGCAGGGGCUGGAGAGGUGUGGAAGGGUUGGUCCCAGGCACGGGGGAAACGGGGUCUCCUUUAGACUUCUCACCUCUGUGAACCCUCACUUUCUUCUCACUCUUCCUCCUGAUCUUUCACCAGGAAAUCGGGGGUCAUCAGAAGGCUGCUCCCAAAGCUGGGCUUUGGAGAUGGGUGGAGGAUGAGUAAUUAAGAUGCUGAGAAUGCACUAGAAUUCUGGGGUGGAGUCUGCUGGAGGUGGGGCUAGUUCUGAGAUGCCAGCUGGACUUGGAAGGGUGAAGGAUACCAGGUUUCCAGGAGUUCCUUCAGAGGGGGCUUCUCCUCCCCGACCCUGGAACGCCUGCCCACACUGUCCCGGCUCCCUGUCCAGCCUCCUGCUCUGCAUUUGUAGGCACUCCCGCCCCCAGGUAGGCCUGGAUGCUCUGGACUUUCAAGUGUCCCAGGCUACCUAGCCUGUCUUUGCUCUCUGGGCUGCAGCUGCUGAGGAGGCUUGGGGGAGGCCCCCCAUCCUUCCUGGAGCACUGGGGUGCUAUGUGCAUCUUUUCUGGCUUUGCUCUUUGGGUUUCAGAGGUGGGAGAACAGUGACUCCAACCUCCCAGCCUUUGGAAUGUGUAUCCCAGCCCGACACAACUAACAGCCCUUAUCUUUGGCAUGGCAGGACCAUGCCACCCUGGCACUCCCAGAGCUCAGUUUCCCCCACGUCUUGCCUUCUCUUGAAACAGACGGUGUUGCCACUUACUCGAGGGAUGGUUUCCUAGGACCUUCUGUCCCAUACCUUUGCUCCUCCUAUGUUCCUCCAGCAUGCCUGGUCUUUCCCUGCCCCCAGGCCCACCCACUCCAGCCCUGGGUCUGCCUUUGUCUCAGGAUUCCUUGUUUCCAGAUGAGAAGGCCCUUGGCUUUUCCAGCUGCUUUCUGCUCAGCUGGGCCAGCUCCUCUCCCAGCCUGAGGUUGAAGAGGACCAGGGAGAGGGUACUUGGGCCUUCUGUCUACUUCCUGCAGAGCUGGUUUGCACACCCCUUGAGUGUGGGGCUAGAUUGUGCCUUAGCUCCCUGAGUCCUGGUUCUUACCCCAUUUUCCUUUGGUUCACACUCCCUGACUUAAUUGUACAGUCUGUGUGACAAUGGUGGGGCUCCCCAGCUCCCCUCCCCGAGGUCAUGGAGGAGGCCAUGUUGCUGGACUUGUGUUAGCAAUGGCCCUAUUGACUGGUGACAGUCUUGGAGAUACCUGUGGGGUGUCUCAUGCUUGUCUUUGAUAUGGAGAUGGGAUGGCAUCAGAUGUGGGACCUUCAGAUGGUCUUGAUUGUGGGGAUCCUUGUAGUGUAUAAGAUGUGAUAACGGGGUACCCCCAACUCCCUCUUUCUCAUCAGGUUUCUGAUACUCUUGGGUCCCCAGAAAAUGAAGACCAGUCCUCGUUUGCGGGAGUGUGAGGACUGCUAUAGGCCCUGUCCAGAAGUAGCUGCAGGCUUACCCCAAGUGGAAGUGGGCCUGUAGAGUGCCUGUGGCUAUGGCUGGUGUCUCUUGCCCAAGUCAAGGAGCUCACGGGUCCUUGCCUUCUCUCCUCCUGUCCCUCUUUACCCAGAACCCAUUGUGUGCUGGGGUAAAAGUUGCCCUUCUCCUGCUUUUUAUUUAAUUGUUUAUUUGAGAUAGACUCUCAAAAAGCCCAGGCUGGCCUCCAACUUCCUAUAUAGCCAAGACUGGCCUUGAACUCCUCAUCUUCUGCCUCCAUUGCCCCAGUGCUGGGAUGACAGGCGUGAGCCCACACCCUUCUCAGAGUGACCUGCCUCUGAGAGCAAACAUGGUACCAGAGCCUCCAGCCAUUCAGGAAACUUCCAGCUGCCUUCAUGUAAAGCUGCUUUCUUCCCCAACACUGGAGGAGGCAAAGUGCUGUGUGCUCGUCUGGCCCUCUUGAGAGGAAGCCAAGGCGUGCAGAGUGAGAGAGGAGGGGUGUCACUGUGCCCUCUUCCCGUCGCUGUCGGCUUACAGGAGGCCCUUGCGGCGUCUCCCAUCCACCCAAAGGGUGAUGUAAUACCUACCUCACAGGACUGUCGUGAGGCUUGGCCAGUGGCUUUGUUUUGUUCUCCCUUGGCUUGGAAAGGCAUUGGGAAACAGUGCUUAUAAUUGGAGACAGUGUUCCAUGCCCGCCCUGUCCUGUAACGCGCAUACACUCCUCCUCUUCCCUUUGUAACCGUAGGACCCGUGACUCUGAUGCGUAAAUCAUCUUGUCCAUGGCACUUGUUUUUUAAUGGUGAUGAUUGGGACUAUGUCGGUAAUUUUUUAUUCUUGUUAUCCCAAUGCCUGCGAUACUCCUGGCAUCUGAUGGACAGGGAUUAAGAGCACAAAACAGUCCUCUUAACAAAGAAUGUCUGGUCCUAGUGCUAGCCUCAUGCCUGAGCAGACAUUGCCACGGAUUGCACUGGAAUGUAUACUCGAAAAGCCAUUUCCCCCAGCCAGACCCUUAUGCAGGCAAGUUUUCAAUAGUGAUCUCAGGGUUUGCUGAGGGUGCUCCCUGCACCACUGGGCUACAGAACUUCUUAUGCGGUUGACUUUGGGAACCCUGGACCCAUGCAGGUGUGCUGACAAUGAUGUCAGUGAGACCAAAGACAAGCACAAGUCUCUCAUCGUUGACUCAAGGGCUCAGACCCCUGUGUGUAGAAACAGAAGAAAGCUGCAGUGCUGGAGGGCCAGAGCGAGGAUGGAUGGGGCAGGGGGCAGAAUUUCACACAUCUGGCUGACCAGCUCUUGUGGUGCCUGGGAGGCAAGAGCAUCCUUCAGAUGGUGGGAUUCAAGGGUGCACUCAUAUGGAACGGUCGUGGUGUGUGGAAAGGCGUUCCUGGUCAGUCUGCAGAGGUGUGGCUGAAGAGGGUGGGCUGUGCAUGCCGUGGGUGAUGUGAGAUGGGGGGCAGGGGGGCUGUGUUCUUACAGCAUCUGGAGUUGGAGACAGAGAGGGAGGGUAGCGACAGAAAUGUACAGUUAUGCUUCUGGAUUCCACUGGGUGACUCCAUUGACAGAUGACUACCAUUGGAGGGCUGGGGUAGGGAUGCUGAGAAGGAUUUGUGGGGAAAUCCUCUAGCUUGCUGCACUUUAUUUUGUCCCAGAUUGGAGUCCCUGCUCUCCCAACUCCCACUGGAUAUUCAGUGCUUUUGACUAUCUUAUGCAUGGUUUAUUCCUCUGGCUUGGAUGGCAGUACCCACAGUCAAUUUUCCUAUAUAACUUUAUAGAUCAAACAAUAUAGUGAUGGGCGGUGGGAGCCUCAGGUCCACGGUGCCUCUGGGAGGCCCCGAUAUGCACACGCCCACCACUGACUUGUAUUUAAGCACAGAGUGAAUGCAAUUAGAUGUCUUGCCUCUCCAACACAUUUUGCAUUAUAGAACUGGGUUUAGCUUCGCUUUGGAUGAAAUAAAAAUUAUUUUUUAAUAA